CUUGUCCAAUAGUAGUAUUUUUAGUUUUUUACACAACAUAUAUUUUGUUGUUUUCUUUUGUAUUUAAAUAUUUAGUUACAUAUUUUGUCAACUACCCAUCCACAUCGUCCAUCUCAGCCCCGAGAGAUGGCCCAGAAAAAUUAGACCUUAUUAGAUUUGAGAAAGAAGAAACCUUUCUUCUCUGUUUGUUUAUCCGCACACCAUUUCUCUCUUUCUCUGUCUGCAUAUAUAUGGUUUUAGACAUGUAAGCGAAAAUUUCCAUUUCCAUACAUGCAAAAAUUUCCCAAAGCAAACCAGUUUCUUGAGUAGUAGUCCGUAGUCUUCUUCAAUCAAAUCUUCGAUAAAUACUCGGCCACUCCGCUAUUUCUCCACCUUCAACUUACUUCGCUCUGUAACCGUUUCUUGAUUCUCCUCCCCACUGACGAAUAACAGAAAUCUUUGCAGGUUUUGGCUUGGAAUUGCGAUCUCCAGUAACUUUCCCAGACUUCUCCGUUUCCGGGUUAGGAAUAAUUUCAAAUUCAUCUUCCCCCCUACAUUUCGUUACUGCAUGGUUUAGUUUCCUUUCUUGGGUUCUGAAUUCAAUUUCUGCACACGUUUGCGCUUUUGGCUGGGGAGGAAAUAGUAGUGGUGGUUUCGUUGAAGUAUCACGCUUCUAAUCUGCAUUUGCAUUGGGAAAUCCCCGCCCCCUCUAGGUUUAUGGUACUCGUUCAUUUUUCGCUUUCUUGAUUUCUUAUUUUCCAUUCUGGGGUUUAAGAGUGGUUUCGGGUUUUGAAUUUCAGGAACUAUCGGGGAAUUUUUUAUUGCGAUUGUGUUUGAAUCGGGAUAAGAACAAUGCCGUCUAUCUGGGAAUCAUUGUCGAGCUGCUGGAAGCCAUUGAAGAGAUAUACGCGAGUGAGCAGGGAUGAAAGCAGCAGGAGUAUACGCAGAGAAGACGACGAGCUUCUCUGGUACAGAGACCUCGAGAAACACCAUUUCGGGGACUACUCCUUCGCCGUCGUUCAGGCCAAUAAUAUGAUUGAGGAUUACAGUCAGGUCGACGCCGGACCGGAAGCAACCUUCGUCGGAGUAUACGACGGCCAUGGCGGGGCUGAGGCAGCCAACUUCAUCUGCAAUAACCUUCUCAAGAACUUGUGCAGUACGUAAUGUUCCUUUCUAUAUACUCUGCAUUUAAUUUCUGGGCAUUUUCUGGAUCGAAAUGAAAGGAAUAAUCAAUAAUUUACGAUUGUUGAAUUUGUGUACGUGUGUGGCAGGGAUUGCGAAAGACGAAGGAAGGAUAAGUGAAAAAGUGCUUGAAAAUGCCUUGUUGGAGACAGAAGAAGGGUUUAUGUCAUUGGUGAGAGGGGCAUUUGAGAGCAACCCGGUGAUUGCUGCAAAUGGGUCAUGCUGUCUGGUGGGCGUGAUCUGGAAAGGGACAUUACUGGUUGCUAACCUUGGGGAUUCUGGGGCUGUGGUUGGCGUUCUCAACAAAAAAACCAAGGAAAUGUUUGCUGAUCAGUUGACCUAUGAACACAAUGCUUCUUCCCCUCAGGUUAGGGAAGAAUUGAAAUCCCUCCAUCCAGAUGAUCCUAAAAUUGUCAUUUUCAAGAACGGUGCUUGGCGUGUUAAGGGCGUCAUCCAGGUAUUAUUAUAUUAUUAUCCAGUAAGUGUGGUAGUAGUUUCUUGAAUGGGAUUCUUUGUAAUGAAUGCUUCUUGUGUUGUCUGGAUGAUUAUUAUUAGAUAACUCGGUCCAUAGGGGAUGCAUAUCUGAAGAGACAAGAGUUCGCACUCGGGCCAGAGCACCCGAGAUUCCAUCUGGGAGAAGCCCUUACCCGGCCCAUAUUGAGAUCCGACCCGACCGUGUUCAAAAGGCAGCUGACGCCCGAUGACAAGUUCGUCAUCUUCGCUUCGGACGGGCUGUGGGAGCACCUGACGGGUCAACGGGCAGCGGAGAUCGUGCAUGCGAGCCCCAGACCGGGCAUCGCCCGCAGGCUGAUCAGGAUUGCUCUGAGUGAGGCGGCGGCGAAGGCCGGCGGCCUCAGGUAUGACCAGAUCAAGGCCUUGGGGAGGGGGCGGAGGAGGGCUUAUCACGACGACAUCACGGUUGUCGUCAUCUUCGUGGACCACCACGACGGCGGUGGGAGCAGGGUCGUCCCGGGAUUGCAGAUUAAGGGCUCCUCUGUCCGUGCCGAGCCGUCGGAGCUGGCGGGAAUUUCCCUGCCAGGUGGGCCCUCAACAAGCUACGGUGGGCCCUCAUCAAAAAGCUACGGUGGGCCCUCAACACCCUACGGGGGUGAGUCUGACGAACCGCCCCUUUUGAAGGCCACGGUCGACUUUGGUCUUGGUGCUCAAUCUGAAGCUGCUGCUGCUGCUGAUCCAAAGGGAAAAGCUAAAGUUGAAGAGGCUUAGAUAGAAUUCAUUCCCAAAUUCUCAACAUUCUUUUUGUUUGGAUUGCUGCUCAUCUCAUAAACGACAGACAGAAUACAGUAGUAGUACGUAGUAUAGUAUAAUAGUAGACACAUUUUUUCGUAUUCAUUCCAAAAAAUCACAUUCAGUAGUAAUCGGUACAUAUAGAAAAACGGACGUUAAGCUUCCAAAUUCCC